AGGAUGCGCACACCAUGAUCAACAGCCAAUCGCGCUCAUAGACAGCAGAAGACGGUGGAUUCCGUCUCUCUUCUGCUCGUUUAGCGUCGGGAAUGUGAUCUAGAAACACUUCGCUGAUCCAGUCUCUUAUUUUCUCGUCUGUUAUUCUGGAUCAGACCUCGGUUCUGCGGAGACGCUUCACAUCACAGCAUUGCAAAUCUUUUGGAUGCAAAACCUGGCAGUCCUGUCCAAGAGCAGCGUGUUCUCCUUCAACUGAGUCUAGAGCAGAAAACUGGACUUCAGGACUGUAGGAUUAUCUGAGCAUCACUAGCAGUGACUGGACUCCGUCUCAGAUCAUCUAUUGUGGAUUAUUCUGCUGAGGAGGGGUUACUUCGGAUAGCAUGAUUACUUCCAGAGCUGGAAUACUAGAGACUAAUCGAGUUUAUGUGGGCAAACUCAAUUACAGCAGCGGAUCCCUCAUGUGAACAGCAGCGUCUAAUUCGUUUUGCUGGAGGAUGUGCAUUGACUUCUGCAGUUUGUGUGCUCGUUGUGAGUUUUGGAUCUUCACGAUGUGUUUUCAAUAGGAACAUUCUCUUGGAACGGUUUUCCCCUGUGUAUAUUGGGACAAAGUCUAUUGUGUUUGCUGUUGGUGUGGAGUUGAAUCAAAUGGCUCGACCCGGAUCUGGGGUUCUGUUGUCGCUGCGAGGCGGAUACUCGUCUCAGAGCAUGGCUAGGGUGGUGGUUUGGGAAUGGUUGAAUGAACACGGCCGCUGGAGGCCAUACGGUGCAGCUGUUUGCCAUCACAUCGAAAACAUCCUGAAGGGAGACGCACGAGGGACAGUCAUACUGGGGCAGGUGGAUCCGCAGCUCACGCCAUACGUCAUAGACCUGCAGUCCAUGCAUCAGUUCAGACAAGACACAGGCACAAUGCGUCCUGUGCAGCGUAAUUUCUACGACCCGUCCUCGGCUCCAGGCAAGGGCAUCGUGUGGGAAUGGGAGAAUGACUGCGGCUCCUGGACGGCGUAUGACAUGGAGCUGUGCGUCAGCAUCCAGAACGCCUACGAGAAGCAGCACCCCUGGCUGGACCUGAGCUCGCUGGGCUUCAGCUACGUGGUGGACUUCGACGGGAUGUCCCAAACCAACCGGCAGAGCCAGAGGAAGCGUCGCAUCCGACGACGCAUGGACCUGGCGUACCCCCUCAUCGCCGGAUCCAUCCCCAAAUCCCAGUCCUGGCCGGUGGGCACCAGCUCGGGACUGCCUUGCACCUGUCAGCAGUGCAUGCUGGUCCACAGCACACGGGCCGCGUCCAACGCCAUCCUGGCUCUGCAGCAGAAGAGGAAGCUGUGCGGGACGGAGGGCGGAGCCAACGCCGUCGUCAGGCAGAGCAACACCUUCACUGGCUCCUCCCUCUGGUCGCCCGUGACGACUGUUGUCAGGGGACACCAUAACAACAUAUCGCUAGGAGGCGGAGGAGGAGGCGGGAAGAUGGAGAUGAACGGGAUGAACUUCCCAUGCACCCCUGCGAUCGUGACGCUGCCGUCAAAACACACGCUUACUAUUAACGGACAGAAUAAUCUGAACCGGCCGGGAACACAGAGGAUCACGGUGACGGCCAGCCGAGGAUCCAUCCCUCCUGGGGUUCCUGCACUUCCUGUGAGGAACCUCACUGGGUCUGGACAGGUUCAUCCUGCAUUAGCAGGGAUGACUGGGAUCCUCAUGUGUGCCGCCGGGCUCCCCGUGUGUUUGACUCGGGCUCCUAAACCCGUCCUGCAUCCACCGCCGGUCAGCAAGAGCGACCUGAAACCUGUGCCAGGGAUCAACAGCAUCCGGCGCAAGACCAAGACAAAGCACCUCCGCAAAGGUAAAAACCCGGAGGACGUGGUUCGGCGCUACACAGAGAAGAUCAGGACGGCUCCUGAUGAGGACUGCACCAUCUGCAUGGAGCGACUGAGCACCGCGUCCGGAUACGAGGGACUGCUGAGCUACAGAGGCUCAAAGCCCGAGCUGGUCGGAAAACUGGGAAAGUGUGGCCACGUGUACCAUCUUCUGUGUCUGGUGGCCAUGUACAACAACGGCAAUAAGGACGGCAGUCUGCAGUGUCCCACCUGUAAGGCCAUCUAUGGAGAGAAGACGGGCACACAGCCUCCUGGGAAGAUGGAGUACCACGUGAUUCCUCAUUCUCUGCCUGGAUGCUCCGACAACAAGACCAUACGGAUCAUCUACGACAUUCCCGCUGGGAUACAGACCUCAGAGCACCCGAAUCCUGGGAAAAAGUACAGCGCACGUGGAUUUCCUCGACACUGCUACUUACCAGACAAUGAGAAAGGACGGAAGGUGUUGAAGUUGUUAAUCAUGGCGUGGGAUCGUCGUUUGAUCUUCACCAUCGGGACGUCCAGCACCACAGGAGAGACGGACACAGUCGUGUGGAACGAGAUUCACCACAAGACUGAGUUCGGCUCCAACCUCACGGGCCACGGCUUCCCCGACCCCAACUAUCUGGACAACGUGAUCAGAGAACUGGCCGCCCAGGGCGUCGGAGAAGACAACCUGAAGGACUGAGGCUCAGUCCACACACACACACUCAAGCUGAGGAGCUCCUGACCACUGGAGUGACCUUUGACCUCUCUGGGAACAACGGUCCUCGCUUACCCCAAGUGAGAGACGAGGAGAUGUGGAUGAUGGAGUGAUGAAAUCAAUACAAAUUACUCUAAUCUGUUUCUCAUUGACUGUCUCAGCUCUCUUUCUCUCUCUCUAGCGACACUCUUUUUCUAGGCUACCCAGAAUGCAUCUUGGCUCAGACCGGUGCGUGUGGUAGUUGUAUAUAAACUCACAUUGUGGUUGACCGGCAUGGGUUUUUCAGUGGUGAUGCCUUUACAGAUAUAAUAAAUCUAAAAAAUAUAAAAAAUAUCUAGGGCUGUCAAGUGAUAAUUAAAGAAAAAAUAAAUCGAAUUAAUAACAUGAUCUGCAGAUUAAUCAGAGAUAUUCCGCCCAAAAGAUUAUUUAUUGUGUUAUAUGAGAAAAGACUUGUUUACUUUUAAGUAUUUCUUUAGAAUUGGAAUAUGAUAUGGUUUUAAAAAAAUGAAAUACAUUGUAGGAGGAGAGGCAAGUUACGGUCUUAAUGAGUGAUUCGUUGAAUUAUGCAUCUAAGUGAUUUAUUCAAGCCAAUGAUUCAGUCAGAAAGGAGUCACUGAUUCAUUCAAACGACUUGAUUCUUUGAGAAAUAUAGCUAGCGACUGUUUUAAUAAAUAAUUGGCUCACUUAAUUUAUUCAAACUGCUGAUUCUUUUUAGAAAUGAUGAAAGUGACUGUCUUUAUGAACGAGUCACUGAAUCAUUGGUUCACUUGAUUCAUUCAAAUGGCUGAAUCUUUCAGAAACUAAGAAAGUGACUUUCUUUAUGAACGAGUCACUGAAUCAUUGGUUCACUUGAUUCAUUCAAACGGCUGAAUCGUUUUAGAAAUGAUGAAAGUGACUGUCUUUAUGAAUGAGUCACUGAAUCAUUGGCUCACUUGAUUCAUUCAAACGGCUGAAUCUUUCAGAAACUAAGAAAGUGACUGUCUUUAUGAACGAGUCACUGAAUCAUUGGUUCACUUGAUUCAUUCAAACGGCUGAAUAUUUCAAUAACUAAAAAAGUGACUGUCUUUAUGUAUCAUUCACUGAAUAAUUGGCUCACUUGAUUAGUUCAAAAUCAUGGAUUCAUUCAGUAAAAAAACACUGUUGCUGGCUGUGCUUAAUGCAGAGGAGUCUUUGUAAAAUUAAACAAACACCUAUUUUACCAAUUAUUUACUAGAUAAUGUGGCAAUUGUAAGCUAAAUGAACACCUCUGUCAAUCUGCCAGUUAGUAGCUAAUGCUGAUGAUCUCAAAAUCAUCAAAUAUCAGAUGAUUCACUCCAUUUCUUUAUAUAUUUUUCUACCACUGCAUCCAAUAUCGGUGCAUUCCAUUGUAUAACAUGGAGAAGUUUUGUUUCCAUGUUGAUUUUUUUAAACUGCAACUCUUUCAGACAGUUUUCAUGAUGUUUUGGGCCUGAAACAGCAUUAGUUUGGCCUUACGUAUAGGUAGCCUAACUGAUUAAAGAAUCAUGUGUUUUUAGGGAUAUAGGUGUAGAUGGAUAUGUACGUAGAUUUUUGGGGCUGCUUUUGAUGUUUGUGCAGGCGAUGCAUAAAAUAUCUGCACUAUCUCCGGCUCGUGUGCUACUUUUGAACUUUAGAGCAAUUAGCGAAGCUCAGAGCGAACGCUGAGAUUUGAGGAUCCUUCUGUGUGCAUUUUAACUUUUAGAGUGAAUAAGAUGAAUAGGAUGUCUUUUGAAAUAUGCAAUGAUUCAUAUCCUAUCUUGCUUUGUUUCUCUUUUGUGUCAUUGAUCUGAGAGCGUGGCUUUCUGGCUGCAGACGGGUUUGUCUGUGCUGUGUUUGGAUUGGAAUACUGGCAUACUACUUUACUAGACUACUGCACACAGUAUACAGUACUAUUUUUAAAAUGUAGACCUAAUUUCAUGAUGGAUGCUUUAAAUAAUUGUCCUUUUGAAUUGCAUGUUAGUGGCGUCCAGUUACGAUGUUGAAGAAAUACGAUUGUUGCCCAGUUUAUAUAAAAUUUUCAUUUAGUUUAACCUGAAGUACUAAAAUAACUAAAACAAAAACUGAUGCUAAAAUUUAUAAAACUAUAUAGACAUAUAAAAACCAAAAACUAGUGCACGACACACAUCAUAAACCUUUAAACCAAAAAUGAAAAUGAGAAAAAUAAAUGAUUGGUUAAAUUAUAAAAUAUAAUAUAAAUGAUCAUUUAAAAACUACUGAAUGUGAUUUCAGUAUUUCGAAAAAUCAUAUAAAUUAAUAAAAUCUUAAAAGGAGCAGGACACUUCAUCUCAUAAAGAAUCUGCAAUGUAAUUAUUUAAAAGUUUAAUUAGGAGUAUUUUAGGUGCUUUUUUAUUUUCAGAAAGCAGUUAAAAUAAUUUGUAAAAUGAAAAUGCAUUUUGUAAAACAAAACUAGGGCUUUAUGGUUUUUAAAUAUGGUUGUGGGCAAUGAGGGCCCUGAAGGUUGAGAAACACUGGCAUGGUGCAUCUACAGUAUUUCAUAGAGUGUGCUCCAGUUGCACAUUCUGUCAAAUGCAUUGGGUCAUGCACAGAAAAUGGACAUGUUAACUUACUAGAUGAUGUAGAAACAGCAGUAUGUUCUGAACACAGCCCUCAUGUUUGGUGACAGAGCGCUUCUGAGCCCGCAGCAGAUAAAUCACGACUCAAACUCCUCUCAAGGUUAAAAUCAUUUAGUUUGUGACGUUCAGAGAUGUAUGUAUUUCUGCGGUGACUCUGAUACAUGUUUAUGUUUCAUCUGGAAGCCAAAGAUCUUGACGCCAUCGUACAGUCUCUGAAGGGCCGUUCACUCUGACAGCGUUUUACAGCUUUUGGUUUUCAUAACAAUUGUUUUUCUCACUUUACAGCCAUUCGGAAAUAUCUGUGCAUUCUGAAUCUUUUUCUUUCUUUUUUUUGCACAUAUUAUAUAAAUCAGUUUUAAAGUUAAAAUGUUUUGGAAAUAAGUCUCUUUUGCUCACUAAGCUCAGUAAAAACUGUAAAAUUGUGAAAUGUUCUUAUAAUUGUUUUCUAUGUGAACAUAUAAUCAAAUGUGAUUUGAUAAAAGCUGUAUUUUCAGCAUCAUUCCUCCAGUUUUCAGUGUCACAUGAUCUUCAGAAAUCAUGAAAAUACACUGAUUUACUGCUCAAGAAACAUUUCUGAUUAUUUUUGCAGAAGCCAUAAUUUUUAGGCUUCAUUGAUGAAUAGCAAAUUCGAAAGAACAGCGUUUAUUUGAAAUCUAAAUAUUUUGUAACAUCAGAAAUUUCUUAACUGUCAGUUGAAUCGAUUUUGUGUGUUCGAUUUCUUCCAAAAGCAAAUAAAGAAAUUUAAAAAUGUAUUUCAUGAGAUUUUAGCUGUCAAUGUGAACGGCUCUUAGGACUGAGAUGAAGUUGUUUUUAACGCUGUGGAUGAUUGAACAGGCCACAGAUCUGCAGUCUUCCUCCAAACGCAGAAUCUCUCCGACUGUGUCUUGAAAUGUCUGUAUGCAUCUUUAAUUACUCUUGUGUCUUGUAAUGCUUAGAAGAACUCAAUAGAGUACAAUAUAUAGAGGUCAACAUAUAAACACAUACAUUUAAGAGUGUGAUAUAUCUUUGAAGUGUUUAAAUUAUUUUUAUACUUACACAUGACACACAUAUACACGUGUACAUAUCUGAUACAUGCUUAUUUUGUCAAAUCUGACAGUUUGUCAGUAUAACGUCAGGGACUGUUACCGUUUUCUGAGCGUCUUACUGUAUAUUAGUCGUGCCGUUUAAGCAAUGAUUGCUGUUGCUGUCGAUGAUGUCAGUCGGUGGGAAGGGUUUGUUUGUGUGACUUUAACUUGCUCACCCUAAUGGGUCGAGUACCUUUAUAUAUAUCUGCAGGGAAUAUUUCAUUUGUCAUUCAUAUAAGCACUGCUUUAUAUGCAUUGUCUUCCUUAAUAAUGCCUUUGCAUUGUUUGAGCCUGUACAAAUUUCAGUGUAACUUUGAGAUUGGAGAAUGAAAGUAUUAUUUCAGUGUCGUUAACAUUUUUUUAUUAAUAUUUUAGAUUUUUUUUAUUUAGAUUUUUUUUUUUCUUGUGUUAGUAAUUGCAUUGUGUAUUUUUGAAAUUUUUGUGUUUAUUAUUUGUCAUUUAUUAAAUGCAUGUAUCGUUUUAAUUUCUUUUAUUUUCACUUGACCCUUUUAAGGUUACUUUGUUUAACCAUUUUAACCAAAUGUAACAUUUACAUUUAAAUGUAACCUUUUUAUUAUUACUAAUGUCUAUGUAGUUUAACAUUUUUAAGUUCAACAAAAAAUCUAAUAAAAAGGUUGCUUCGGCAACUAGCUGAAAUAGAAUAUUUUAUUUUAUUGUAGUUAUCUUUUUAUUUAUUUUUUAAUUAACAAAAAUGUUUUUCAGUAGUUUUACCGUAGUUAAUAAAUAAUAACCCUCAUAAAUGUGUUUGGUUAAUAAACCAUUAAUGCAGUUCUGAAGCUAUUUGUAUAAAAAAAAAAAUCUUGACUAUAACAGCUUUUUAGGUUACAUUUUAGAACCAUGUUAACCAAAUUUAAAAACAUUUAUAACUUCAUUUUAGCUUUUUUACAGUUCACUUCAAUCAUUUUGUAGUGUAAGAAAAGAACGAUCCAUGUAGUUUCUCAAUUAUAAAGAGCAAAAGAAUGACACUCAUAGAAAUUAUACAAGUUUUGUGGUAUUUUACGACACUGCUGUCACUGUUUGACAUUUCAAAAGCCAAUAUACUACCAGACAUUAAGCAACGUUUGUGAGGGUAAAUUGAAUGGCAUGUUUGAGAUAUGAAUUUGAACUGGGUUUGUACAGGCAUUGUAGCUUUCAUGCAUUGUUGUUCUUCAUAUUUUUCAUAGUCUAUGUGCACUUUCUGAAAGAUAUGGUAAAAAGAAAAAGGAUGAAAUGGAUUUUAGUUGAAAAUAUCCUGUGAAAGCUUUAUGAGAGACUUGGACCGAUUAUGCAAAUCUGUAGAGAUGCGUUCAACAUUGUUUUCAUGUGAGCAGAUGUUGUGUUUUUACCCAGCAUGCUUUGUGUGCACUUUUCAAAGGUGACUAAUUAGACCCCCCUCAUUAGACCUAAUUAGAUCAUUUAUCACCUGUCCAUAUGCUUCAUCCCAAAAUAACUCAGUUUCAACUUUAUUCAUAAUAUUUCUGCCAAUGGGCUGUUUUAUAGAGGCGGAGCUUUGUCUUCUCAGCUUCAUGUUGAUUAUGAGCUUUUAGGACAUUAGAAAUGCUUUCAGGUGAAAUACUGAUUUGAAAUAGUUGUAUGGCAAGCUAGUUAACAAGUUUAAUCCCAAAUUUUUCCCAGACAUGAAAAUAUCCAAAUGAGAUGUCAUUAGUAUCCCUUUGAAAGAAUCAAUAAUGUUUUUUUUCCUUUUCCUUUUUUUUUUUUUUUUUGUUAAAAGAGUGAAAAAUGUUGUUUUAUGGUCGUGACCGGUUGGAUAAUGUGUGCACUGAAUUAACACAUUUCUGCAGUCAUAAUUUUUUUUUAUAUAUCUUAGCCCAGCUAUUUUAAACUUUAUAGGGUUAAUAUUAUGCAUAAAAAACCCUUAUACAACAUUGAUAGGAAAACUGUCAACGUUUUUCUAAAUUGUUGCUUUUUUUGUCAAAUACAUUAUCAAAUAAACAUCCAUAUUGGAUUUUUUCAUUAUUGUAUCAUUUGAACUUUUAAUUUAGUGCAAUAUUUUGUCAUUGUGUAAUUUUCAGUAACAACUGCAAUUGCAUUUAUAUGUAUAUCUAAAUUCAUGUUAUCCAACUCAUCACUAUUGUGACCAUUGAGAUGUUUACUCAUUCUAUGACCACACUCAGCAAAACUAAAUAUAUGUGAAUUCAUAUAUCAAUACUAGAUACCUUAAAGAUAACUCGUACAAAAAAUCUAUGUCAUAUGUUUAUGUUAACAUACUUUACAAGCCUUGUGUUUUGAAGCUUUGAUGCAGCCAUCAUCAUCUCAGGGUGCAAACAGGAAAUAAACUGCACAUAUUUAAUUGAAACCCUUUAUUUGUUCCACAUUUGCAGGAAGGUUUUCAGGGCUUUAACAUUAACAUUGAACACAUUUCAAAUGUGUAUAAAGGGAUCUGUCAUUAAGAUAUCAACUAUUUGAUUAUUCAAGUUGUGACUAUUUAAUAUCCAUUUUCAUGAUACUAGUACUUCUUUUUUAACUACUAGUGUCUAUUCCAUUAGGUAGUAAUACUUAUUCAUAGUUACUAGUGCUUAUUCUUUAGGUACUUGUUAGUUCAAAUUAGAUAUUAGUACUUGUUUCAGUUUUGACUAAUAACUAUUAUAUUGUUUCUAGUAACACAUUUUAUGUUUUGGGAUUUUUCCAUUAAAUUCUAUGGGAUCUGUCAUUCACAUAUCAACUGUUCAGUUCUGUUUAAUGCAGAAAAUAUUUUCCAAUUGUGACUAUUAAAUAUUUUUCGAUACUAGAAAUUAUUCAUCAGGUACUAGUACUUAUUAGAUACUAGUACUUAUUUUUAGAUAGUAGUCCUAAUCAUAAUAUACGACAAGUAAAAAUCAGUUGUGAGUAGUAUAAUACAAGUUUUUGCUAGUAAUGAUUACAAAAAAUACUAGUGAGUCUAAUAAGUAAGACUAGUCUAAUAAGUAAGAACUAAUACCUAAUGAAUAACUACUGGUAUCUAUUGAAAGGGUACAUGUACCUAAAGAAAAAUAACAGUAUUUAUUAAUACUUUAAUUCUUAAUAAUAAUCUAAUGACUUUUUAUUAAUACUAUACACAUACUAGUCAGAACUGAAUAGUUAGGAAAGAUUCCCAUAGAAGCCAGUGGUAAAAAUGUGUCACUACAGAAGAAUAGUUACUAGUCACUGAUGAAAUAAGUAUUAGUAUCUGAUACAUGAGAGCUAGUAUCUAAUAAAAAAGUAAUAAUACUUAAUAGAAUAUAUACUAGUAGCUAACAAAAUAUUUACAAGUAUCAGUCAAAUAGAUACUAGUAUGUUUUAGAAAAUGAAAUGUUAAAAUGCAUUCCAUUAUUGGUAGUAGUAUCUAAUUAAUGACUACCAGUAUAUUUUUUUUCAAAAAGGUACUAGUACCUAAAGAUUAAGUACUGUUAGCUAAUGAAAUGGAUACUAGAAGCUAAAAAAGAAGGUUCUAGUAGCAUGGAAAUAGAUACUAGUAUGUUUUAUAAAUUAAAUAUUAAAACGCCUUAAAAUGACUACCAGUAUCUAAUUAAUAAAAGCUUAAUACCAAAUGAAUAAGUAAAAGUUUCUUUUAAAAAGGUACUAGUACCUAAAGAAUAAGUGCUAACAGCUAAAGAAUCAGAACUAGCACCUAAUGGAUUAGAUACUAGAAGCGUGUGAAAAUGUUUUACGGAUUAAAUGUUAAAACGGCUUGCCAUAAUAGAUGCGUGUCUGUGUUUAAAGCGGCUUUUGGCUUUGGUCGUGAAUCGCGGUGGAAGGUGAGAGUCUCACAUGGAGACAGCGGAUCAGGCAGGUGAUUUCAGACCAUAUUGCACCUAAAAAGAGCCACUGACGAGCUGAUCCGAGUCAUCCCAGAUUCAUUAGCGUUUUAUAAUGAAAUGCAUUUGAUGGAACUGAAAUAGCAGGAUCGAGAAAAGCUGUUUCCCAGAAGGAAAUGCGCUUUCUGAGGAGAAUAAUUUUGUAGCUGGCACACAUUUAAGUGUGUCACAACCUCAAACCUGCUCUUCUCAGAGACCUUUCUGGAUAUAUAUGUAGAGGACAUUGGUAAAUAGUGAAGCGGUUGAUGUCAAUGUGUGUUUCUGGGGGCAGAGUUGUUAUUUUAAUUUUUUUCUUCAUUUGGUCUCUCAUAUGAAGUCAUAUAAAAGAACAUGGAUUUGUUCCUCAUAUCAUAGAAUCAACAUGUAGUACAUUAAAAGAAUUGAUUUCAAAUAUCAGACAAAUUAUUGUUUGAUCAAACAAUACAAGGGCUUUUAUGAUACGUGUCUUAAUGAAUCUGUUGUGAUCUUGUUGCAUGUUUCCUGUGAAAUAAACCCUCUCCUUCAACAAAGGGAGAUUGAUUUGA